CCAUACGUGCAAUAGAACUUAUUCUCCAUACUUACUGCACUAGACUACUAUUAUUGUUAUAAAUACCCAUCAUAAGUUCUUGAGGCUUUGAAAAGCGGAAACAUUAGGUGUUUUGAGUCAUUAUUGUUGUACCACCACGUACUGCAAUAAUUCACAUAUUAAUAAUACUACUACCUUCCCGAUUGAUUCUGUUUGUUGCAGCGAAUGGUUAGAGGAGGCAUCACCAAAGCAAGCUUGUCGCUUCUCGGGUCAUGCAGGGGAGCUAAGAGAGCCAAGAGUGGACUCAGCAAAUUCUCAGGCACUGCUCAACCUGCAGAAAGCUCUGGAGGAGUUUCAAAGAGUGGUGGGAAGAUUGAGGAUUCAGCUUGCUGGAUCCCACACCCACGCACAGGAAUUUACUUCCCAAAAGGGCAUGAGUGGGUGAUGGAUGAUGUUACAGAGGAUGCAGCUCGUUUAAGCCAAACUUAUUGGUUCAGAAAUGUUGAUGGUGUUGACAACCCCGGACACUAACCAUAAUAUAUGUUUCACAACAAUUAUUACGUAAUCCGGAAUCAUAUGGUCCUGAAUAAUAUUCAUGUGGCAUGUUAUCAACUAGUUUUCAUACAUUAGAAAAUAUACCAAUAUUAUAUAAAGAUUAGUGUAGUCUUGGACCAUUUAAUAAUUUCUCUUAGUUGAAGGUGCAACUGAGUUGUGACUUUUUAAGCAUGCAUAAUGACUAUUUGUAUCAUAACAAGUUUAUUAAGCUAUCUGUAUCACAAGUUUAUUAAACGUGCGUGAUUAGUCUCUUUGCUUUUUC